CCUCCGCUCUGAAUGGAGGACUAGUAAAGAAAGCAGCAUGGGUGGUGGCUUCUGCAGAGAAGCUAUAAGUAAGGGACUGCCGCGCGGCGAUAUCUUGUAACCUGUGGAUUCAAGAGCAUUAUAGCUAGUAAACGACGGGGUCCCAGUUCAUUAUGGUUUCCCUGAAGCAAACAUUUUCCAAGGCCCUCCUCACCCUGCUGGUGGGCCAGUCUGCUGCCCUAAGCUUUUUCCCUUCCAUCAGGGCCAACAGCCUGCAACUGGCCUCGGUACUAGGUAUCGAUGGUCACACCGCCAGGUUCAAUCCGGAAAAGAUUGCAGAGGCUGCUAUUGCCCGCGGUCGAGGCUCAGAAGUCCCAGCCCAGCGGAUAUCAGUCCCGAUUGACCACGAUGAUCCGUCUGUGGGAUCCUACAAGAAUCGCUACUGGGUUUCGACAGACUUUUAUAAGCCCGGCGGUCCUAUCUUCGUGCUGGAUGGCGGCGAAGGCAACGCCUACAACCUAGCACAGGCGUUUCUGGGCGGAUCCGACAAUUUCUUCGCAGACUACCUGAAAGAAUUUGGUGCGAUUGGCCUUGUGUGGGAGCAUCGUUACUAUGGCGAAUCAUUGCCCUUCCCUGUCAACACGAGCACGCCAAAUGAGCAUUUCGAGUACCUCACCAACCGCCAGGCGUUAGCCGAUAUUCCCUACUUCGCUGAGAAAUUCAGCCUCAACGGGACCGACUUGAGCCCCAAGUCUGCCCCAUGGGUCAUGCUCGGUGGCUCGUACCCGGGCAUGCGGGCGGCAUUCACUCGCAAUGAGUACCCGGACACCAUCUUCGCUUCUUUCGCCAUGUCCGCGCCAGUCGAGGCUCGGGUCAACAUGACCAUCUACUUCGAACAAGUCUACCGCGGCAUGGUCGCGAACGGCUUCGGAGGCUGCGUCAAAGACCUACAAGCCAUCAACGACUACAUCGACAGCCAACUAGACAAGAAUGGCCAGGCCGCAGACGACAUCAAGCGUCUCUUCAUCGGAAAAGAAGGCAUCCACAACUCCAACGGCGACUUCACCGCCGCGCUGGGGAGCAUCUACAACCUCUUCCAAAGCUACGGGGUAGAAGGCGGCAAAGGCAGUCUCUCCCAGCUCUGCAAGUACCUCGACAAAGACGCCAGCCCCAAUGGUAUAGCCCCAAAAAUUGGGGCGGACAAGCUGACAGAAAAGUUCGCCGCUUGGCCCGAGCUACUCUUCCUGGUCAACAUCUUCGGCAGCACCAAUUGCAGAGGACAGGACAACACAACUGAGACAUCCUGCGAACUAGGCCAGCGGUUCUCCGAACCCGACACCAUCAGCUGGACCUGGCAGUACUGCACCGAAUGGGGCUACCUCCAGGCCGACAAUUUGGGUCCCCACUCCAUGCUGUCUAAGUACCAAUCCCUGGAGUACCAGCAAUCCAUCUGCUACCGGCAGUUCCCCGGCGCACGCAAGAGCGGCCUGAUCCCCGCCCACCCAGAGGCCGACGAAACUAAUGCCGAAACAGGCGGGUGGUCUAUCCGACCCUCGAAUGUCUUCUGGAGCGCUGGCGAGUUCGACCCCUGGCGUACGUUGACGCCGUUGUCGAACGAGACGUUCGCGCCCCAGGAUGUGCAUAUCACCACGAAUAUCCCCAAGUGUGGCGUUGAGACCCCCGAGAACGUGCUCUUCGGCUAUGUCAUUCCUAACGCGGAGCAUUGCUUUGAUUUUGACUUGGGCUAUAAGCCUGCUGACAAGUCGCGGAAGCUGUUCAGUCUCGCUCUGAAGAAGUGGCUCCCGUGCUGGCGGGCAGAGCAUGCACCUAAGCAAGGCCAGGUACAGAGGAAGUGGAUGUAGAAGGAGCUUCUUUGGCU